CAGAGCACCAUGGUUACAGAGCUCGAUGCAACGGCUUGGCCUCCAGCCGCCGCCUGGCUCAGUGUAGCCAUGAGCACACUUGUAGGAGCUCUCACGUUGAUGUACUACAUCUCAUUUCGCCUGGUGGCGACCGCGCCUUCCGCCGCAUGUCCAGCCGCAGACGCAAGAAGCACUGACGGGAAGGUAGCGGGGCCAACGAAGUACGAGUUGUUCGUGACGGCAGCAGUUAGCCAGUCCCCUGUGGUGCUCUUUACGACUGGCGGGGUCACUCCAGUGCUGGACUUGUGUCGACUUAACCAUGUGCAGCUGCAUCACGUCAACCUUGACCGCGUCGCUGGCAAGGAUGCCAUCAUUCAGGAACUCCAGCGUCGGUGCGCACUCACGUCGCAAUGGCAUGAAGUAUUGUUUCGAAAUGGAGAGUUUGUCAUCGAUACGUCGGCCAGCAAAGUCUUGUCGAUGGCGGAAUCUCGAGCGCUUGCAGGACGCUUGGCCAUGGACCCCGACACGUUUCUUGUUCCAAACAUGCCAGGCGCCGAUAUUGUCUUGUCGCUGAAACCAUCCUUGCUGCAACGACGCGAUGCCACGUCAAGAAGUCAGAACCUGCCAGAAACCGUCCAAGCCUUCCUGGCAUGGGAGGUGGAUUCUAUCCCGUUCGAGGCCACUGCGUCCUUGCCGUUGGCGAGGCGGCCACGAGCAGCAAACCGCCAGCGAAGCCACCUGGCUGUAUUGUCUUCUUGCGGCUCAACUAUUGCGCACACAGCAGACGAGUUUGGUGCUGAUACAACGGGAGGCGAAUUCGUGCCAUGGGAGAUCAUUGACACGGUGGUGAUUACAUCCACAUCGUUCCUGGCGUUGCCACAACCAGGACAAACGGAUGCAGCACAUCGCAACGGCGUGAGGGUGCUGGGUUCUGUCACGUGGGAUGCCACAAGUACAACUGCAGCAUCGUCAGCUUGCGACUGGGAGGAACUCGCUGGCCAGCUCAAGCGAGUUCAAGACAAGGUGGGCUUUGAUGGAUGGCACCUGGCAAACCUGCCCGAGACUGCCAUUGAGACGCUCCUGCCACACUUGACGUCGUCAUACCUUCUGUGGUCCGCAGACGCCGCGGAUGAAGUAUCACACGAUCUUGACGCACUCACAGCGCUGUUGCCCGUGGUCGAUGGAGUAAUGUUGCCACCACUGACGGACAGAACGGCUCUGACCAAGUUGGCCAAAGUUGCAGGAGGCCAUCGCUGGAAACUCCACUUUGGCCUCGAUCCAUUGCAGUCGGACGAAAUCUCGGCGCGGAUGCUGCGGUUCGCUGACGCUUCCAUUUGCGUCCCAAUUCAAGCUGUCACAGAGGCUGCGUUUUGGGCAACGAAUUGGCGGGCGCUGAGUCCCGUGGAAAACCUUCAUGGAGGUGGGUCGGAAGCGCUGUACACUGCGUUCAACGUCGGCCGUGGCGAGAGCACAGCCAUUGACGGGCGUGUGGUGUCAUCUACUCCUUGGCAAAACGACGCUCAUACCGACGUGCUGCCCACGUUGAACAAAACCAAGUCGCCCAUCCACAUGCAGAUCUCGAUGGACAUGUCGUUUCAAGGCGGGUCCAGCCUCCAACUCUCGGCAACAUUGCCAGCCAAAGCCAGAGCGAGUGUUGAGCUGCUGCCGUUGCAAGUGCAUUUUGCCCCACGCAAAGUUAUCCGUGUUGCGUAUACGUUCCAUACCGCCGCAGAUCCUGCCGCGUUCGGGAUCGCCCUCAACCUGACGUCGAAAGAGGAAUUGGUGCUGCGAGGGGGGCCUGCUGCUGCCCAGCCAUCUCCACCUCACUACUCGUCGUUGUCGCCUCUGCUUGGCCGUGCCAAACACACGCGCGCGUACGGCCCGGUUUCGGAAACCCUCCAAAAUGGAUGGAGGACACGUGUGUACCAUUUGGGCGGGGCGCUGUGGGACGGCCACGUCAUCCAAGCCCUGUCGGUGUUUGGAGUGAAUUUGAACAACGACGCCGAGGUGUGGGCAGUGCAUCUCGGACAAGUCGUCGUUUGUCCAUUGGGAGCGAUGCCAUCUCCUGCUGUCACGGCGGUGGAAGUCGACCACAAGACAGCGACCCUUCAAUGGAACGUGCCGUCGACGGUGCAAUACACACACGUGUUUGAACACGUGUUUGACGGCCAAGACUGCGGCGUCGUAUGGCGGGGCCGCGCCACCCAACCUCGCUGGCCAUUGCCUCCACGAAGCGAAUGCAUGACUUUCUACCUGCAACCGGUGGCUUGGACCGGGGACUUGGGCCCGUGCCAGCGAGUGACUGUGUUGGCACCGCGUGAAGAUGGCAUGGCCCAUUGAGAAACGUUGGCGCGAGCAUAGCCACAUGCAUGCUAGAUCAGACAAGUGCAUGAGCAGAUAUACUUCGUGUCGAAAGGAAAUCGUACUGUGCGAGUGUUAACUGGUGAAAAGCUUCUCUACCAUGUUUAGGAA